GCCGCAUACAUUUUCAGUUCCCUGUCGCGAUUCGUCCAGCAAAGACGAACGACAAUUUCGUUCGCAGUACUUCUUCAAGACCCACCCCACAGCACUCCCCAGGCGAUUACAUCGUGUCAUUGUUAUCGUUUCGUUGUUUUGCUUCAGGAACUGAUAAGAAGACUCAUUACGCGUCGUUUCGACGAUCCGUGGUUUAACGCAGACUUAGAUCAACACAAUCAUGUCUUCCCGCAAAACGGCCGGACGUCGUGGUACGACCAAGAAGCGCGCCCAGCGGGCCACCUCGAAUGUGUUCGCCAUGUUUGACCAGGCGCAGAUCGCCGAAUUCAAGGAGGCCUUCAACAUGAUCGACCAGAACCGGGAUGGCUUCAUCGAGAAGGAGGAUCUGCACGAUAUGCUCGCUUCGCUCGGCAAGAAUCCGACCGAGGACUAUCUGGACGGGAUGAUGAACGAGGCUCCGGGACCGAUCAAUUUCACCAUGUUCCUAACGCUGUUCGGUGAGAGGCUGCAGGGAACCGAUCCGGAGGAUGUGAUCAAGAACGCGUUCGGUUGCUUCGACGAGGAGAACACCGGAAUGAUCAACGAGGAGCGGCUGCGGGAGCUGCUGACUACGAUGGGCGAUCGGUUCACCGAUGAGGACGUGGAUGAGAUGUUCCGCGAGGCGCCCAUCAAGAACACCAUGUUUGAUUACAUCGAGUUCACCAGAAUCCUCAAGCACGGCGCCAAGGAUAAGGACGAACAGUAAUUUUUUGUUUCGCCUUUUUUCUAUGUGUAAUCCAUGUUUUGUUUAGUUUGCCUCUUCCCCAUUCCUUGUGUUCGAUCGUGUCUUCAAAGUUUUCGACUUUCGUCUAUCAGUAUUCCUUCCAAGAGCAAAGUUCGAUUUUGCAUUUAUACAUCCUUUCCUUCUUACUGACUUCUCCCGCUAUCGCAACGAAUCAGAAUUUUAUAUGAGCAGUUAGUAGUGGGCCAUAAUGUAUCGAAAGUUUUAUCUGCACACAUUUUUGAAUAUAUUUAAUCAUAUUGGAAA